GCACGGGGUAUAAGAAUGAGGUAUGCUGCCUCAGUGCCGCGAGUGCAUUCCCAAAUCCGCGAGCUAGCGGCCGUGACAUUGAACGCGGUACCGCUCACACGCUGCCGGCCGUCCGCUGCCGGACCACACCGCGCCACUAGCUGCUGCGGAGUGGUGGCCGCCUGCCGCGUCCUACAGCCGACACUCGGUGGAACUAUCGACUGUGUCGUAAACAACUGCCAACAGCCGCGGCUAGUGCCGGCCCGCAGUGUCCCGCCCGCGACGCGCCCAGCCUCACGCACAGCUUGCGCCGCUGACUACUGCGCCGCUGACUGCCGCGAGAUGGCGCGCUGGGUGCUGCCAGCGCUGCUGCUGCUGCUGCUGGCGACGUCGGCGCCGGCGUCGGCUAGAGAUGUCACCGACGCGGAGUACGCGCGGUUCCCGCGGCUGUACCACCUGGACGACUACAGCUCGUGCCUGGCGCGGGAGGGCGGCCUCUACUGCCUCGGCUCCUUCCACCUCGCGCCGCUCACCGACCACAGCCCGCUCUACUCCAUGCUUGAGGAGUACUCCCGGGAGCCGCACCACUUCAACCGCACGCAGCUGCACCGCGGGUACUGCGUGAGCUCGCGCUGCGCGGCGCUGGCGGCGGAGCGCAACGCGUCGCUGCGGUUCGAGCGCUGCGCGGCGCAGUGGGCGCGGCGGCUGGGGCUGCGGCCGUCGCUCGCGCGCCUGCACUACUGCCGCUCGCACGCGCAGGACGUGGCGCGCGCGCACAGCCCCGACCCGCUCGACAUCCCGCAGCGGCUGUUCCUCUACGUGCUCGCUGCCAUCCUGGCGCUCAACAUCCUCGGCACUACUUACGAUGUCGUUACUGCUGAUAACCCCAAAAAGAACUGGCUGAGCAGCUGGUCGAUGCGGUUCAACUGGCGCCGCCUCACCACCACACACGAGGACGGAGACCCUCGACUCUCCGCACUUACACCCGUGCAGGGAGUCAGAGUGCUGCUGAUGGUGCUGACGAUGGCCACACACAGCGCCUGCAUCCAGGUGAUGCUGUACGUGUACAACCCGCGGUGGAUCGAGCAGAUAUCUCGCCACCCGAUCCUGAUGCUGUUCCUGAAUGGCACCUCAGUGGUGCAGAUUUUCGUGAUGUUGUCCAACUUCCUGCUCGGCUACAACCUGCUCCUUUUUGUCAAGGACAACAAACCCUCCUUCAGUCUGCUGCCAUACAUCUUCAUUAAAAGGAUAGCCAGGAUCUCCCCGGUGUAUUUGCUGGUGGUAGGGUACGCAGCGACGUGGUGGCCGCGCAGUGGUGCCGGCCCCAUGUGGACAGCAUUCGCCGGCGCUGAGAGUGCCAUCUGCCGGCGCAAGUUCUGGACGCACGUGCUCUUCAUCAACAACCUCGUCGACCCGAACGACAUCUGUCUCGUGCAGACCUGGUUCCCAGCGGUGGACACGCAGCUGCACGUGGUGGCGGCGGUGCUGGCGCUGUGGCUGGCGCGGCGGCGCGCGCGCGCAGUCCGCCUGCUGCUGCUGCUGGCGGCGGCCGCCAGCGCGCUCACCGGGCUGCUGGCCUACGUCUUCCAAUGGGAGUCCAUCGUGUACUACUCUUACCCGAAAAACCUGAACACGAUGUACAAGGACAUACCAUCGUUCUCCUGGCUGUACCAGGCUCCGUGGGGCAGUCUCGCCGCCUGCCUCAUCGGACUGCUGCUGGCGUUUGUCCACUUUGAAAUACAGGAGUCAGGUGUCAAAGUGACUUCUUUGAAAUCGGUGCGAUGGCUGCGCAGACUGUACAGUGCGACCCCGGUGCUGAUGGCGUCAUGGAUCCUGGCCGGGAACUGGCUGCGCGGGUACAGCGAGCCCUGGUUCACGGCGCUGUACGCGGCGCUGGAGCGGCCCGUGCUCAGCCUGCUCGCCGCCGGCAUACUGCUCGGCAUGAUCAACGGAUUUGAAGGAUGGCUGAAGCACGUGAUGGCGUGGCGCGGCUGGCACGCCAUGGGCCGCAUGUCGCUGUCCGUGCUGAUGGUGCACUGGUGCAUCAACGUCAACAUCGCCGCCUCCCGCCUGCAGCCCACCACCGUAUCCCUGCUUAGCGUGCUGGUGGACUGGGUGGCGACGAGUUUCUUCUCGUACGUGGUGGCGGUGCCGCUCACCGUCAUGGUGGAGAUGCCGGUGCAGAGGGUGGUGACGUCACUCCUCGCCAGCAGAGUGACCAAGCAGGCGUAGCACAUGAUCAGCUACACAUAGGAAACUAGCUGUUAUUCAAUUGUGCAAUAUCCACGAUCGAGUGCAACUGUUGCUGUGGUCUAUAGUGUGCUACAGAACUGAGAGGCCAUUGCGAUAUGUUCACCAAUUCAUCGCGUUAACGUAAACUCCGAUUGGUGUGGGUCGGCCGUUGUAGGCCGCAGUGGACACGUGUGUGCAAUGUAAGGAAACUAUAUUAUUGGGAACUGUGCUGUGAUAACUAUAUGGACGUCAAACGACGAUGACUCGAACCGCUCCGUGAUUUAAAUAUAAGUGCAAUAUGAAUUGACUUUACUUUAUUCUUAGUGUCGGUAGAGAUGUUACUAUUUGUUGGUGACUGAUAUACCUAAUAUUGUAUCGAUACAAUGUAAGCUCGCCAAGUGUUACAUGUCGCAGCUCUAUGCCCCAUUUACUGCCGAUUAACAAUCUUGCCAUGAAAUGUAAGUCUAGUAAGUCAGGAUCAACCAACUUUAAAAUUGCGUGACCAAACAUUUACGGGAGUAAUGUAGGAAAUAUUAAGAAGAGGCCACAAGAAUACGUAUCUGUAGAAGAAUGAUAAUCCAUCUUUAAUCCUACGCAACGUCACGCCUUUUAUCCCCGAAGAGGUAGGCAGAGAUGCACAAUACGUCUUUAUUCGUAAUUAUGUUAAAAGAAGGCUAACUAACCUACCUCAACAGAAUUAUUAUUAUGACUUUGUAUCAGACACAAACAAUCGUGGUGUCGUCGUGUGUUGCAUCUAUGCACCUGUGUUUACUUAGUAUUGUAUUAUGGCCAAUGAAGCUGCGACAUAUUUAUUACGAUGGGACUGUCCCGUCGGUAUUGAUUAAAUUUAAGUCUGUCAUUAUUUAGGGAAUUUCGUAAGGAAAUAAAGAUUAUAUUGAAAUUUU